AUGGUCACCUAUGACACCUGGAAGGAGACUCGACGAUGGAUUGGCCUCGAUCCACCUGAUGAAAUUCCGUCCGAAGAGGAUGAGGAGGAGAAGGCUUCGUUUGCAGAGACAGCGACAGGGUCGAUUCCAUCACAGCUUUCGCUGGACAGGCCGGAUAGUUCUUCUUGGACGAGCUGA